AUGGCCCUCGGUUUUAUCAGUUUUGCCACGGGGCUUUUUGGAAACGUUCCCUGCCCAAUUAUUUACGGUGCUAUUGUCGACUCCACUUGUCUCUUCUGGGAGGAGGACAGCUGUGGGCGGAAGGGCGCCUGUCGAAUCUACGACUCGACCCGUUUCCGGCAGUGGUUCCACGGCAUCACCGCCUUUAUCAUGUUCCUCGCCUUUGUCAUCGACGUGGUGGUCUGCUUCAAAGCAGACGCCAUUCAGUUUCAUGAGGAGGUAGCUGCUCCUGAUCCGGAGAGGGAAGUCAACAAAAAUAAGGAAGAGGAUGGAGUUGUGACAACUCCUUUGUCCUUGGAAUCAACUGAAGAGCAAAAUAACAGCAAGAAGCCGUUGAUGGCGAAGGGCAACGGAAGUCGAAAUGGAGAGUCAGCUUGUUGA